GCCGUAAAUCAGACAUGUACCUUUUCUGUUGCUCAUAUGCUCAUAAUGUUGCUCCCAAGGGGAAAUACAUUGCUUUCGUUUCAACAGAGGCCGAGACCGAAGACCCCAAGGUAGAGUUGGAGCCUGGCAUUAAGCUACUCGGACUGGUAGAUGAGAUAUUCUACGACACUUACGACAGAUAUGUCCCAACUAACGACCAUGCAGCCGACAACUGCUUCAUAUCUGCUAGUUAUGAUCCAACGACACACUUCGAAACCACUGUGAAUGAUGUGAUCCAGAUGUAUACUAAGAUCACUGGAAAAGUAAGUGUUUCAUUCUCUAAAGUAUUCGUGUUUGAUACUCGUAUUUGAACUCAACCUGA